CAAAGAUGAUAGAGUUGAAAUGAAGUAUUUUUAGACAUUCAAUAGCCCUUUGUAACAAAAAAAAAAAGACAUUCGAUAGCCCACUUCCAACUUUCUAGAGAAGCAUCUUGUUUGCUCUGGAUGUUGGUGAAUAAUCUUCUUCCAUGGAGAAUAACUUUGCCCUCUCUGUUACGAAGAAUCCAAGAAAUUCCACUUUGCAUUCUGAUCUUAUCCCAUGCGCAGCCAAUAUCACAUUUGAGCCAUGAGAUAGGAGGAGGUUUCCAGCCAAAUAUGUUCUUCUUUUUCUUUUCCUAAGUCAAUGAAUUUUUCUUGUUUUUCAAUAUACUUGAUAAGGAACCCGUGAUCAACAUUUUUGUAGGUACUUUAAACCUGGAACCUCCACUUAACCCCAUUCCAUAAUUUGUUUCAAAAUAUAAUUUAAAAUAAAAAAUAUCUAAGUUUACUCCAUUUUCUACACUAUAAUGAAAUAAAUAUGGAUUUAUUUUAUGGACUAAUCACUUUAUUUUUAGUUCAUUAUUCUAUUUUCCAUUCAAUUUAUGGAAUACGGUUAGAAUAAACUCAAUUCUAUUUUAGAGUGAAAAGUAAAGUUUAAGAUCCAAAUACUAGAUCAUUUCCAAUGAAAAAUAUAUGUACUAGAUCAUUUUCAAUGAAAAAAUCUAUUUUUCUCCGAAAUAGAAUAACUUUUAAAAUAAUGAACAAAAAAAAUGAUUGUUAUAUUUAUAGAGUAAACGCUCCAUUACGAAGUGGAAAAUGUAGUAAUAUAUUAGAAUAUGUUUUUGUUCAAAAUUCCAUUUUGAAGUAAAUUAUGAAGUAUUAAUAGAGAUGCUCUUACAAGAUUAUUCUUUUUGAUAAUGAUUUUUUUGUUUCUUCUGAUUCAACGUUAUUGCAAUGGUUUAGUUUGGUUUACUUAUAAACCAACUCCAACUCUACCAAUACAGAAAUUAGAAAACCAAAUCAACCGUUGGAAAAAUAUUAAGAGAAGAAAACAUAGCAGUUUCUCAAAACAAACCACCAUUUCUUCUCCUUUAGCGUGUCCGAUUAAGAAAGAGAGAUGGAUCACGCGAUGUUAAUGGCUCUUAUAAUCGCCGCAGCUUUCCUCGUUGUAUUCAACAAAGUGGACGGAGUCCAGAUCUUGUCUAAAUCAAAGCUAGAAAAGUGUGAGAAGACAAACGAUUCGGGAAACCUCAACUGCUCAACUAAAAUCGUCUUGAAUCUCGCUGUCCCCAGUGGAUCCAGCGGAGGAGAGGCUUCGAUUGUAGCCGAGAUCGUCGAAGUGGAAGAUAAUUCGAAUAGCAACAUGAAAACCGUACGUAUCCCACCGGUUAUCACAGUGAACAAAUCAGCAGCAUAUGCUCUCUAUGACCUAACUUACAUUAGGGAUGUGCCUUAUAAACCUCAAGAGUUUCACGUUACCACUCGAAAGUGUGAGCCAGAUGCUGGACCAGAUAUCGUUGGAAUAUGCGAGAGGUUGCGUGAUGACAAAGGUAACGUUCUGGUGCAGACUCAGCCUGUCUGUUGUCCAUGUGGACCACAAACAAGAGUUCCUUCAUCUUGUGGAGACAUAUUUGAGAAGUUGAUAAAAGGGAAAGCAAACACUGCGCAUUGCCUUCGUUUCCCUGGUGACUGGUACCACGUUUUCAGCAUUGGACAACGGUCUCUAGGGUUUAGCGUGCGUAUUGAGUUGAAGACAGGAACUAGAGUUUCAGAAGUGAUCAUUGGUCCUGAAAAUAGAACAGCUACUGCAAAUGAUAACUUCCUCAAGGUUAAUCUCAUAGGAGACUUUGCUGGUUACACAAAUAUUCCUUCUUUUGAGAACUUCUAUCUUGUAAUCCCAAGAGAGGUGGCGGCAGAAGGACAGCCAGGGAACUUAGGUGGAAACUACUCAAUGUGGAUGCUGCUUGAGAGAGUGAGAUUUACAUUGGAUGGCAUAGAGUGUGACAAGAUCGGUGUUGGCUAUGAAGCUUAUAACAACCAACCAAACUUCUGUUAUGCACCAUAUUGGAGUUGCUUGCAUAAUCAACUAUGGAACUUCCACGAGGCAGAUGUGAACCGGAUAAGCCGCCACCAAUUUCCUUUGUAUGGACUGGAAGGAAGAUUUGAGAGGAUCAAUCAACAUCCUAACGCAGGGCCUCAGUCGUUCUCCAUAGGAGUCACGGAAACGCUCAACACAAAUCUAAUGAUCGAGCUAAGAGCUGAUGAUAUUGAAUAUGUUUUCCAAAAGAGCCCUGGUAAGAUCAUAAAUAUCGCAAUACCGACUUUCGAGACACUAAAACAAUUUGGAGUUGCUGCAGUCACAACCAAGAACACCGGUGAAGUAGAAGCAUCUUAUAGCUUAACGUUUGAUUGCUCCAAAGGUGUGGCUUUCGUUGAGGAGCAAUUCUUCAUUAUAAAACCAAAUGAUGUUACAACUCGAUCUUUUAAGCUGUACCCUACCAAAGAUCAGGCUGCAAAAUAUAUAUGCACAGCUAUACUAAAGGAUUCUCAGUUCAACGAAGUAGACAGAGCCGAGUGUCAAUUCAGCACGACAGCUACCAUACUUGACAAUGGAACUCAGGUUACUAAUCCGUUUCAAAUUCCAGAGACUCUCCCUAAAGGUUUAUUUGAAUCAAUUAGGCUAAUAUGGACCAAACUAGUGAAUGGUUUAGUCGAUUUCAUCACCGGAGAAUCUUGCAGAAGCAAAUGCUCGAGUUUCUUCGACUUCAGCUGCCACAUUCAAUACGUUUGCUUGAGCUGGAUGGUUAUGUUCGGCCUCCUCCUCACUCUCUUCCCUACCACUUGUGUCCUUCUCUGGCUCUUGCACCAAAAGGGACUCUUUGAUCCUUUAUACGACUGGUACGAAGAUCAUUUUGAUUCAGAUCAUCAUCAUAGGUUAUUAUUACAACAGACCAGAGAAAACGCCUUAAACCACCGCCAUCAUCAUCGUCGUCCUCAUCAUCACCAGCAUCGCCAUGGUGUCAAAACGCAUAGUCACCACCAUCGUCGUAGAGUAAACCACAGACACAAACACCAUAAUCAUGGGCAUGAUGAUGACGACGAUGUUUCGCAGAAGAUUCUUGAACGUGACCACAAUGACUCUCACUAUUACCAAAAUCUUCGCCGAGUCCACAAAGAUGGUGGCAAGCAGAAGCAGCGUAGGCGAGGAGAGAAGCACGGGAUCGUCGUGCCAUCUGAUGUGGACGUGGACAGACGGAGGAAAGUGAGGCAAAGGGAGGAGAGUUAAAACGCAGGAAAAUAUCGUCAAUCCUCUAAACAUUAUGGCUUUGAUUCAUGACAUGUGGUAUUAUUGAUUUAGUUUGAAUUAAGUAUAAUUUACUGAUAAUUUGAAAAUGCUACCAAACAUGCAUUAAGUUUGUUUUGUUUGAUUUUAGGUUUGACUUAUCAUGUAUUAUAGUUGUGCUACAAUAUUGAGUUAAAUCUUUUAUAAAAUUAUUAACUCAAAAUUUAAUGCAAGCAAAACUCUAUGUUUUGGAAGUUGAGUUAAAGGUUUAAUUGAGUUUUCUUUCUGAUAUCACUUUCAAGGCUUAGCGGCUUAAGGGUUGUUUUCUUUUUUUCCUUCUUUUUUUUUACUUGUGAAAAUAAAUAAGCUUAAAGUCUGUUUUCAUUUACUUUAUCAUUGAUAAUAGAGUAAAUAUAAUUAUUAGUGAUUAUGAUUCUUUAGAAAAUAAUGUAUUACAAACUGAAAUUUUUUAUUAUUAUGAAAUAUAAAUUAUUUUGUUAUUGUUUUUUUAAUAUUUUAUAUAUUUAUAUAUUUUUAGUUAUUUUAUUUAAAAAUCAUACUACAACUUAUACAUCAAAAAGUAACCAAUCAUAAAUUUUAAUAAAAUGAUAAUUUUUAUUUUUACUGCAAAUGUUCUCCAUAAAUUUAUAGUUUCUAUCACAUCUUUUUUAAUACAAGUUAUAUCGAAUUACAAAAGAUACUACAAAUCAAACUUAAUUUGAAUGGUUGUAAAUUUUUUAAUAUUUGAUUAUUUAAUUAAGGGCUAGAAAGAAAAACUAAUCCUAGAACAAUUUGAAAUAUGUUAUCAAACAAAUUUUAAUUAUAAACAAUUUAACCUAAAUUAAAUAUAUAAAAACUAAGCUAUCGUAAAUAAAAUCACAAAAUAUACAUAUAAAUGCCGAAAUAUUUCAUAAAAUUUUAAAAAUUAUUUGAAAUAAAACCUUACUAAUAAUUAAGACGAUAAAUCAUAGAUUACAUCUAAGUAAUUAUAUAAAUAAUACUACAUAUUAAUUUUGUCUACUAUAUAUAUUCUAAAUCAGUGUCAAUGGAAUCUCUCACAAUUGAAUAUUUAUUUAUUUUUAAUUAUGUUGAUAAUAUGACAGAUUUAUUUUUUUACCAUAAUGAUUGAAAUUUUUUGCGUCAACAUCUUAUUUUGUUUGGUUGAAAAAACAAUCUACAGAUGAAUGUUUUUACUGUUUUUACUUUUAGUGAAUGUAAAAUUUUGUUCGGAAAAAUCCAGUUCUACUUAUAAAUAAAAUAUAUUAUAAUUUUAAUAUAUCUAUAAAUACAAAUUAUAUUAUAGAAACAAGGGUAAAUAUAGCUCUAUUAAAAAUCAAGUUAAUGAUGAAAGUUUUACUGUAAUUCAAAACUAGAUAAUGGUCCGCACCUUGUGUGGAAUAAUGUAAACCCAACCAAUUUUAAAUUUAUUAUUAAUUUUUUAUUUCAGUAUUAAUUAUUAAAUUAUAUAAAUUUUAACUUUGUAUUAUAAAUCAUCUAAUUUUAAUCCAACAAUAGAUGUAUUAAUUCCAUCUUUUUAUUAAGGUGUGUAUUUUUUAGAUUAAAUUCUUAUAUGUAAUAAUAACCAAACUAUCUUUAAAUAACUUAGAUUUAAAAUCAAACAUUUCUUAUAGUUGUACAUUAUUCAUUUGAAAUGUUUGCGUAAAGAUUUUAAAUAUUUGGAAACAAAAAAUUGAUACGGUGAAUUGAAGUAUUUUUAUUUUUUGAAGGGAUGUUAUUCAGUCAAAACUAUUUUUACAGAAUAAGUCAUAUUAUAAAAUUCUAUACAUACAGAUUAUAUUAUAUAAAUAAUUAUAGUAAACAUCUUAAAUAUAUAUCUAUUUAUAACUAUAAAAUUUUAUGACGAAAAUAUAUAUUUUAUAUUAUAUUUAUUUUUCUAGUUAACAUAAACCUAAUAAUAUGUCUUAUAAUCGCCAAAUGUAUAUAUCUUUUAAAUGUGUGUCAAUUGGACGCACCACAAUUUACUAUAAAUUUAAAAUUAUUUAUUUAUUUUAAAUGUAAAUGUUGAUAUUAUGACUCAUUUAUCCAUUUCCAUAAUGAUUAAGAUGUUUCUCCCAAACUUUAAAUAUUUUGAAAUAAAAAGUUCAAUGUUGAAUGAAGUAUUUUCAUUUUUGAAUGAUUUUAACAUUUUUCAAUAAAAGUGAUUUUUAUAGUAAAUUUUGAUUGGUAAUAAAUGAUGAAAACAAAACAUUUUAUGCUCAUUUCUCCCUCCACUGGCUCAUUAUCUAACCAAUGUUCUAAGGAAAUAGCUCAUUUUGUUCUCCAUCCCGAUUCUUCUCUUGCAUGCAAAUAAAAUCUAACUAUUUUCUUUGUUUUUGUGGCACACCAAAAUCUGGUUCCCUCUAAAAACUUUUAUCAAAGAGUCAUGUCAAAACAAAACAAUUUUUUUUUUGUCAACAAACUUUCCAAAACAAAAAAAAUUAACAUUCACAACAUUAUAUAUCAUAUAAUCUUAAUCAGUUUGUAUAAAAUUGAAAUAAAACAUAUAUUGACUAGUUUUAAAAUAGUCAUAAUUAUCAUAUUAGAAGUAAGAAAAUGUUUCAAAUAAAUCAGUUGUUAAAUUUGAUUUAUUGAAAUACAUAACAAAAGAUAAUAUUUAGCCUAUAAAAAUACUUAAAAGGAAAAAAAUUGAUAAGAAACAAUAAAAUAUUGUAUUUUAUUCAAAAAAAUUCCUUUUUAAAUAUUUAUAUGCCACAAAAUUGCUAAGCUAAAGCAACUGUGAGCUUACAACUCUUUAUACCUCCAGUAAAACUUCCUCUAGAAUCGAACUACUAAUACAAUUAUGACUAAGGAUCAUGGUAUGCAUUCAGAAUUAUUAUACAAUUAAUAAAUUUAAAAGAUAUAUAUAGAUAUAUAUAUAUAUAUAUAUAUAUAUAUAUAUAUAUGGUUUAUUUGUUUUCCUACAGAGAUUUAAGAUAACACAGCUCAGAGAUCUCACGGUUGAUUAUGUUUGUUAAAUUCUAAGACAUCAAAACUCCUAGGGGAUUAUUCUUGUUAUACAUCAAUUUUAUAAAACCAUUUUCCUUGGGAGACCAUUUAUAUUAUAAGAUUUUACGAAACACACAAAACAUAUAUUACUAAAUAUAUAUUUUAUGAGUAUUUUAAAUUAGCAAUGGAGUUAAAGCAAAUGUGUGUGUUUUAUUAAAUUUUUUGAUUGGUGUAUCAAAAACUAAAGAGGUGGGAAGUGGAAUUUAAUCAAAAUGUGUCUCAAUGGUAUACAUUUUUAUAAACUGUUUUAUAUUAAAUUUGUGUGUUUUAUUCUUUCAACAUUUAUUUGAUUUGAUAAUUUUUAUUCUAAUGAUGAAUUUGAUCUAACAUUUCAUGAUGAUAAUGGAAAGUGAAAUCACUAAAAGAGACAAGUGCAAAGAUGAUGAUAAUAAAUUGAUAUUUUGAUGAAGAUCCAUGGUAUUCAAAAAGAUGUGUCAAUUGUAUACAUUACAAUUUAGUAUACAGUUUAAAAAUUGUUAUAUUAUUUUCAGUAAAAUUUUAGGGAAAUUGCCACUAAUACCACUUUCAUAAUACCACUUUUCAACUUUACACUUUUCAACUUUACCACUAAAAUUUUAAUGACUAAAGUACCAUUAUACCCUUAUUUAAUCAAACAUAAACAUAUGCCUUCUUCAAAGUCAAAUUUUCCAAAUCUCAGAUUCUUCACGUUGACCAAUUCCGGCGAGAUCUGACGAUGCUGACGAGUUUCCGGCAAGAUCUGACGACGUUGACGAGUUUCCGGCGAGAUUUGACAGAAUCUACAAGCUCAGACGAACGAGACGAUAUCUCUCAGAAUCUGGUGAAGAUCCGACGGCUCCGAGAGCUCGUAAUGUGUCGAGCAGCUUAAGCCUUUGGUGAUCAAACGCCUCCUCUUACGAGUCCGCCGCCGUAUAUUGACAUCUUCGAUUCGCCUCAGCUCAUGUCUUCGCCUGCUCAGGUGAACUCAUCCCUUCCAAUUCCAAUCCCUAGAUGAUGGAUUCCUAGACUAUUUAAAGGAUCAUCAAGUAUUAAGCUUUAACUUCGUUAUGUUCUUGAGUUUGGAAGUUUAACGGUGAUGUAUUCAAAAUUGACUUGAGCAAUACUAUGAUUUAUUGAGUUUGAUAGUUGACACAUCAAUUGAUUCAUUGUUUCAGAGCUAAUGUAUCUUCAGUGGCUGGAUCCCAAGGAGCCUGUAUACAUUUACAUCAACUCCACAGGGACUACUCGUGACUAUGGCGAGACUGUUAGUUUUUUAACUCUUUGUGAAUGAUUUAAGAUCUUUUUUCUCAGUAUUUGUACUAUCUUUUUUCUCAGUAUUUGUACUAUUCUCAAAUGUUUGAAACGAUAUGUUGCAGCAAUGAUCCAGCAGCCUCGUGUGCCUUCUUCUGGGUUGAUGGCUGCCAGUGAUGUCCUGAUUCGUGCCAAAAACGUUUGUUACUCCCUCUGUACACAUUGUAUUCUGGAAAUCUAAUUUCAACUGAGAUAUGUUCAUGAUGUGCUUAUAAGUUCAUACCUAUGCUUCUCACUUGAGCAUUUGGCUAGGAAUUUCAAACUUGAGGUGAAGAAAAAUUUAAUUUCA